UAUCAUAUCAGCAUAUGUGGCGAAGACAAUUACCGACCUUUGAAGAUUUUCUUGCUGCAAAGAUUCAACAAUGGCCAGCCUUCCAGUGAACUCAAUCAACUCCAAGCCUGGCCAAGUAACCCCUUGGUCCACGGGUCUUUUCGACUGCUUCUCUGAUUCUUUCCUCUGCUGCAAGACAUGCAUUUGCCCAUGUAUUACUUUUGGCCAGAACUCAGAGAUUAUAGACGAAGGCUCAUCCUCUUGUGCUCUAAAUGCUGUUCUCUAUGUGAUAAUGCAUCACUUUCUUGGUUGUGCGUUGUCGUGUCUGUACGGAUGCUACUACCGUAAAAAAUUCAGGCACCAGUAUGGGUUGGAACCAAGCCCUUGUCCUGAUAUCUGUGUUCACUGCUUCUGCCACUACUGUGCCUUGUGUCAAGAGCAGCGCGAGAUCAGAAACCAGGGAUACGACAUGAUAAUUGGAUGGCGAGCAAACGUAGAGAGACAGAAACGCGGCGUAACAAUGGCUCCCAUGGCGGAAGGAGGGAUGAAACGAUGAGAAAAUAUAGUGGAAAUUAUUUCUAUUUUCUAGCAUUUGCUGUUAUGUAUGGUUUACUUUAUGCAGAACGAUCUCUUGCUCCCUCCCGUCUUGAGGACAUUACGGGGCUUAAGAGAUGUGUGCUUCUUUGGUUUGCUCUUGCGUCUCUGUUGUUUUGGACUUGUGUUUCUCAUUUGUUAGGACGAUGGACAAAUGCAUAAAUAAACACCCUAUAUUUUUUCA